AUGGCAGACGAAAUCGCUAAUUCGGACUUCGAUGUAAACAUUCUCGAGAAUGCUUUAACAGAGCCAAACUUAGAGUUAUCCUUCCCUUUACCCACAGAUAAGGAGACUUACUUAGAAUUGGAAACGAACGACAAAGUGAGCAACAGUUUCAGUAUCUUGAAACAUUUUAUCAAAUUCUUUAGCUCGGUCAAUUAUGACGACAUUUACUCCAAUGCCGAGUACAAGUAUGCCGUGAGCAAGAUUGGUGGUAAAUUCAAUCGGAUGUCGAAGGAAUUCAUGACCGAGAGAUUAGAGAAUACCGACGAAAAAUUGGAUGAGAUAGUUUACAAAUUAGUCGAUCUGGAACUCAAAAUGAAUCUUAUCAAGGCAAAAGAUUUUCUGAAAAGAUUUGCCGAGGUGAAGAAGUUCAUGAUCAGAUACUAUUCAGCUGAAAACGAUAAGAACCUUCCUAAGUUCGGCUCACCAACAUUUUUGAAAAUUUGCUAUAUAACUGUCAUCAAAACGGUGAAAAAGAUGUUUCCACAAGGCGUUUGGGUUAAUCGAGAGCAGUUGAGUUCUCUUUAUCAGAAGUACUUGGCUAACCCAAUGUCCAUCAUUCUUCUUCCCAAUCAUCAAUCGCAUAUUGAUUAUGUCAUGUUGCACUUGAUCUUGAUUCGCUUUCAAAUGUCUAUUCCAACAGUUAUUGCUGGAGAGAACUUAAAUGUUGCAAUCUUUGGCCGAAUCAUGAAAGGUUUGGGAGGAAUAUUCAUCAAGAGAUCAUUCAACAAUGAGCUAUACACUGAACGAAACUUGACCAACUAUGUUGAAUUUGUUCUCUUGAAUCGAAUUCAUUUUGAAGUUUUCAUCGAGGGAACCCGUUCGAGAGACGGAAAAUUACUUCUUCCAAAAUACGGAAUUCUCAAAACUCUUGUGUCCAUUUAUUUGAAACAGCGUCGACAAGAAAAGAAUGAAAAUUUUGACAUGUUGAUGCAACCAAUAUCCAUAACCUACGAGCGUAUUUACGAAGCUGAUGGUUAUCUUGACGAAUUGAUCGGUAGCGAUAAAAAGCAAGAGAGUUUCGUAAACAUUUUAUCAAACGGACUUUCUAAUUUAGUUCACGGGGUGGACAGAGAUGAUGAGAAGGUUACUGUUAUGAAGGAUGGGUUUGUCACCAACGCAAAUCGUACAUUGCAUGGCAAGAUCUUCGUCAAAUUGGCAGAUAGUUUUACACUCUCGUCGUAUGUCGAGGACCCGAAGAAUCGAGUUGACUAUGAUUUCGAAGAUGAUGUUUCGGUUUCCGAGCAAGAUAUCAACUUGAAGAAACUUGGAUUCAAGAUUCUUCACGCUAUCAAUGGUGCUUCUUAUCUUCCCGAGUGUGCCAUUAUUGGUAUGGUGAUUCAAACGUUCCACUAUAUGUCAGGAAAAACAGAGUUCAACGCCAAGGAGCUUUUGCCCAUGCUUGACUUCUUAUUGAACGUUUAUCAAGAGGAAGACAUAAGUCCCACAAACUCGAAAAUUUUAACAGCCAUUCAACAAUUGAAUGAAGAGCAAAAGAUAGCACUCAUCAAAUCCCAAAUUAUCUCCUUCUUCAAAUUCACAAGAGUCAAUCCUAAGACAAAUGUCGUCAGAAUCGAGAACUCGUUUGAAUUACUUUACUACAAGAACCUUACCAUCCAUUUAUUAAUUUACAAGUGCUUGGUAUCCUUAAUUUUGCUCAAGACACUGGACCGCAUGCAAAUAAACAAGCUAUUUUACAUUUUCACAGGGUUUUUGAAGAAUGAAUUCUUGUUUGACUACAACUUCAAUCCGAAGAACAAUUUGUCUUUUAUUUUGGAGAGAUACGAGAAGCUCGGUGUUAUCUCAGAGGAUCUUCAAAUAAAAGAUAAACACUUUCAUAAUGUUCUCGCUACAAUUAUUUUGCCGUUCAUUGAGUCCUUUAUGAUAUGUGUGGAUGAACUCAACAGUACUGUCGUGAAGUUCUAUGCCAAUUCCCAAAAUAAGAUCACGGAGCAGCAACUAAUCAGUGACAACUUGAUGCUGAAGGAUUACCCGACUACCAAGUCUUUGCUUAAGAUUAUUCAAAAGGAGAACAUGAGGAUGUUUGAAAGAGGUAAUCUGCAUUUCCAUAUCGAAACUUACAACAAGCAAUACUUGUUGUCGUUUUUAUUUUACUUGAACAACUUGAAAUUGAUCAAGAUUUUCAAAAAUAAGUCGAAAACAAAGGCUUACGUCAUCAUUCGAAACCUGCGGGACUUAAAAUUCAUCUUAAGCUUCUUACAACGCUUUAUCAUGCGCAAUGAAGUGGACAACAUUUCACUCAAUUACAUGAUUGACAUUGUCGAUAAGAACUUUGAAAGAGAUGCCAACGAGUACAAGGCAAAACUUUAG